AACAAUAAAACGACGUCGCAGGCAAUUGAAGAGCUAUACAACCUGGGAAAAAUAGCAUGCCCCGUGGCACUGACAACGCUGCUCUACUUCUCGAAAACAAUAAUCUCCAUGCUUUUCUUGGGCCACAUGGAGAAGGCCGAACUCGCCGGCGGCUCACUCGCCAUCGGCUUCGCCAACGUCACCGGCUUCUCAGUCAUGAAAGGUCUCUGCACCGGAAUGGACCCCAUUUGCUGCCAAGCCUUCGGCGCCCGCCGCUGGCCUGUUCUGAGCCAGACAUACAUCAAAACCGUCGUCCUCCUCCUCAUCGCCACCGUCCCCAUGGCCUUCCUCUGGCUCAACGCCGAAACCCUCUUCCAACGCCUCGGCCAGGAUCGCGUCAUCAGCAAAAUCGCUAAGAACUACCUUCUUUUCUCAAUCCCGGAAUUAAUAACCCACGCUAAUUUAGUUCCUCUGCGCACGUUGCUCAGAACUCAGGGAUUGAACUCGCCCAACACCAUCGUUGCCACGUGUGUUUCCGCCGUACAUUUGCCGGUUACGUAUUUCCUCGUCACGUAUUUGAACAUGAGGGUAAAGGGUAUUGCUUUGGCAUCCGUGAUUUACUCGCUCAACAUGAAUAUCGGGUUAUGGAUUUAUCUCUAUUUCUCGAAAGCGGCGAUAAAACCAUGGGCCGGCGCCACUCUCGGCUCAGUCUUCCACGGCUGGAAGCCGUUGUUGGGCUUGGCUUUACCGAGUGUUUGUCAGGUGUGUCUCGAAUGGUGGUGGUACGAAAUCAUUCUCUUCCUCAGCGGAUUGUUACCAAACCCUGAAUCCUGCGUGGCGGCGAUGGGGAUAUUAAUCCAAACAACCGGCACCGUUUACGUUUUCCCAUUCGCUCUCAGCCUCAGCAUUUCCCAGCGCGUCGGCCACGAGCUCGGCGCCGCGCAGCCGGCUCGAGCGCGGCUGGCGGCCAUAGUCGGAAUCUUGGUCGCCGCCGCGUACGGCGUCUCCGCCUUCGGAAUGAGCUUGGCCCUCAGAUCUCUGUGGGGGAAACUUUACACCACCGAUACGCAGGUACUGGGAUUGAUAUCCUCCGUCCUUCCGAUUCUAGGGUUGGCGGAAAUAGGGAACGCGCCGCAGACGGCGGCGAGUGGGGCGCUGACGGGAUCGGCGCGGCCAAAGGUUGGGGUGAGGAUAAACAUAGCGGCGUUUUAUCUGGUGGGGUUGCCGUGCUCGGCAGUGUUUGCUUUCAAGAUGAAGAUAGGGUUUCAGGGACUGUGGAUGGGGCUGGUGGCGGCGCAGGGCGCGUGUAUGGCGAUGAUGUUUUAUAGCUUGUCUCGGACUGACUGGAAACAUGAGGCGAAGAGGGCGGAGGAGCUGACAAUGGCGGUCGGAGAUAAGGAAGAUUCCGCCGGAACUAACCUGGUUGCUUGAUAAAGAAAGAUAUAAAGAGU